GAUCCAGCAAUUCUACUUUCUCCUUCAUUAAAAACCCAACAAAGAAUCAAACCGCUUUCUCUGCUCCCUCUCUCUCUCUCUCUCCCCCAAUUCUCCAGAUCUAUUUCGUCUCCUCCUCCAAUUGAAGAAAACCGCCAUGUCUUACGCUUACCUUUUCAAGUACAUCAUCAUCGGCGACACCGGUGUUGGGAAGUCGUGUCUUCUUCUUCAGUUUACCGACAAGCGAUUCCAACCGGUGCAUGACCUUACCAUCGGUGUUGAGUUUGGGGCCAGGAUGAUCACCAUCGACAACAAACCUAUUAAGCUCCAGAUAUGGGAUACGGCCGGUCAAGAGUCCUUCAGAUCUAUUACCAGGUCUUAUUAUAGAGGGGCUGCCGGGGCACUGCUUGUUUAUGAUAUUACUAGGAGGGAAACUUUUAAUCACUUGGCUAGCUGGUUGGAGGAUGCUAGGCAGCAUGCAAAUGCAAACAUGACAAUUAUGCUCAUUGGUAAUAAGUGUGACCUUGCUCAUAGGAGGGCCGUGAGCACUGAGGAAGGAGAGCAAUUUGCAAAAGAGCAUGGUUUGAUUUUCAUGGAGGCCUCUGCCAAAACUGCUCAGAAUGUGGAGGAGGCAUUUAUAAAAACAGCAGCAACAAUAUACAAGAAGAUUCAGGAUGGAGUUUUUGAUGUAUCAAAUGAGUCUUAUGGAAUAAAAGUUGGUUACGGCGGAAUCCCAGGGGGACCAUCAGGAGGCGCAGGUGGCUCUCCUUCUCAAGGUGGAGGCUGCUGCACUUAAAAUUUCACUUGGGUCAUUUCCAAAACAACUGCAACUGUCUAUUAUCUACAGGGCUACACUGUUUUACAUUCUUUGUCCAUCAUUUCCCCAAGAAACCAUCAGCCUCAGUAGUAUUUAUUGUUUGGAUCCCCACACAUACUAUUAUUUGUGUGAAAUUUGUACAAUCUUUCUUGUUGCAUUCUCUAUUUGAUUGUAAAUUUGACCCCUAUUCUAGUUACUCUUAUCUGUAGUUUGGUGUUGAAAUUUGUGAGAUAAAAAAAAAAAAAGAAAAGAAGGAAACAUCAAGGUUGGAUUCUUAUUUAUUAUUUCACUAAAGUUCAUUUUGGCAUGAACUGGCAAUUUCGGAUGUCGUUAUUUCCAGUCCGGACUGACUGUAAAGAACAGAGAUAUUGUUUUUGCAGUAAAUUCUAGGUGAGCCU